AUGCCUUACCGGAUAAAGUCCAGUAACACUUUAUUUUGCUGGGGUAAUACGAGACUUCGUGUCGCAAGGAGAAUACUUCAUGGGACGUGUGGGACGACAUACAUAACCUGGGAAGCUCAGACCAGCACCUAUGAGUUCCGAGGGAGUCUGCGCGAAGAAACGAUAUGUCUCAAGUCCGAGGAGCUCAGUUUCCACUUGACGAAUUGCUAUUCAAUUCAAGGCGAGAAAAGCGGUCCCCGAGCUGACGAUGGCUCAACUGGUUCCGCGGCUAGAUUGACACAAAAUGACAAGGUUUUAGUGGGUAACCUAAGCGAAGCUGAUUCACGAAAAAGCAUGACGGCCUCAAUCAUCACUGGCGCGACAGCCAGUCGAGACGGAAUUCCACACCAUGAGAGCGCUUUGAUUUAUUUGGUUUUCCAGCUCGGAAAGGUGAGAGAGUCAUCCCGCUUUGUCGGAGAUUGA